UUUGAAAUUUCCUCCUUCCUUCUUUGUCAAAGCAUUGUGGAACUGCAGCAGGCGCUGCCCAGGCAAAUUGGUGGUGCUUAUAGGGAGAGGAGGAAGAGCCUCCCUCGCUGGCUUGGCUUGAGAAUUUCUGGUCGUCACUUAGAAAUAAACCACUUCUACUGAUUUUGCAGACCCCCUUGAGGGUCUUGGACCACCUCCAUUUUUGACAAGAGACGGGAGAGAAAACGAGAGGAGGAGGCGGAGGAAGGGGCAGUCCGGUUCUCAAAAUGGACAUGCGAAAUGUGACAGGCUCCAGAGCAUGGGAAGAAAUGGAAGGUGUAGCAAAAGCCCCACAUCACAGGGGCAGAGGGCAGUUCCUUAUUGGGACACCUUCCCAUUAUAUAAAACGUGAGCCGGAAGAAGGGGCGCUGGAACGCUGGGAAGCCCAGUUGCAGGAGUUUCUGAGGAUGCUGCAGGCCCCCAACUCAGGAUGCAGGAACCUACAGAUAUCUGAGGAGCCCUCAGCAUGGGAGGAUGCUAAGGCCUUCCUGGCCUCCUUUGAGCAAGUAGCCUCAGCCUGCCGGUGGCCUCAGGACAAGUGGGUGACCCUCCUCCUGCCGGCUCUCAGCGGAGACCUUGAGCAGGCCUUCAGCGGCCUCAGUGCCCAGGACAAGGGAGACUACAGGAAGGUGAAGGCGGCCAUCUUGCAAGGGGAGGCCAUUGCGAGGGAGAAGCAGCGGCAGCACUUCAGGCAACUCCGCUAUCGGGAGGCGGAGGGUCCGAGAGGCGUUUAUGGCCGGCUCCGAGAGCUUUGUGGCCAGUGGCUGAAAAUUGAGAGGCACACAAAGGAUGAGAUCCUGGAGCUGCUGAUCUUGGAGCAGCUCCUGAGCAUCCUGCCGGGAGACAUGCAGAGCUGGGUCAGGGAGCAAAAGCCGGAGAGCUGUGCCCAUGCGGUGGCCCUGGCGGAGGAAUUCCUCUUGGGCCGGGACGAGAUGGAGGGUCCAGAACAGAAGGUACCUGUGCCUUUUGCGGUGAUGUCUGCCGGUCCUUCUGAGGCAGGCCAGCUUCUGCCACAGGACACCUGGGCUGGGCAGGUCUUCAGAGAAGCUGCGGACGAGCAGAGUGAUGCGACGAGAUUGCCGAGUAAUGAGCGGGUAUUGGAGAAUGAGACAAAUACCCUCCACCAGGAAGAUUCUGUGCAAGGAGAAGCAAGCAAUACCUGCUUGGGAAGAGAUGAGGAUUUCCAUGACCAUCAAAAGCGAAUGAUGUUUGAGAAUCAGCCAGGGCUGUUGAAUGAUCAAGAGAGAAGCUAUGAGAGUAGUCUGGUGGAAAAAUCCACUUUCAAUGCAGAAGUUAGCAGAGAGGAGAGAGAAUCCGCUGAAUCACAAAGAAUAGAGUGUAGUGAGGUACAAAAAGCAUCGUCUGACUGUCGAAGAAACUUUGAACGUAGUUCAGACCUUAUGGUACAGCAGAGCAUUCACAUCAGAGAGAAGCCAUACCUGUCAUUCUAUUGUGGAAACAGUGUCAUUCAGACGCAGGGCCUUCUUGCACAUGAGAGAACCCACACAGGAUUGUGGAACACGUAUAAUUACUCUAACAGUGGGAAAAACUUCAGUUGCAGUUCAGGCUCUAUGCAGCACAUGAGAAUCCACACAGGAGAGUCUCUGUACACGUGCUCUCACUGCGGCAAAAACUUUGUUGAUUGUUCAGUCUUACAGGAACACGUCAGGCUGCACACACUGGAGACACCGUACAAGUGCUCAGACUGCGGGAAGAGCUUUGACAAAAAGCGUUACCUGAACAACCACGUGAGGAAGCACAGAGGGGAGAAGCCGUAUGAGUGCCUGCAAUGUGGGAAAAGCUUCCCUAUAAAGUCCAAACUUGUAAAACACGAGAUAAUACACAUGAGGGAGAUGCCAUACAAGUGCGCCCUUUGUGGGAAAACAUUCGUUCGGAAGUCAGACCUUUGUGCACAUGAGAAAAUCCACACAGCACAGUAGAUAUUUCAAAAUUUAUCUGGCAGGAGAAGAAGCCAAGCAUAAAACAAAAAUUAUUAAUAGAUUCUAAGGAUAGAGGCGGCUCUACUAGGGCCAGGGCCUUUUCAGUAUUGGCCCUGUUGU